AUGUCCUCAGUCACCCAGCCGGACAGCUCGGCCCUAGGAGGCGAGAAGACGCUUGCAGCCGUUGACGCCGAAACGCCGCCGCGUCGGGAGUUGUUACAGGAGCUGCUACCGCGCCCGACGGCGACGGCGACCGACCGGGAUGGUCGCGUCGGCGAAGAAGAAGUGGAUGGCGUGCUGGCUAGCCCGACGGGCGUUGCUGAUGGUGGUGGUGGUGGUGGUACCGCUGACGCCGGGGCGGUGGUAUCCGACUCAGAGACUGCUGCUGCUGAUGCUACCCCCGUCGACGCCAGCCUGAUGCCAACCCAGCAUCUUUCCGUCUCGUGGUCCGAGAUCUCCCUACACCUCGACGACGUGGACGAGGGUGGUCGGAAAAAGGCGACUACGGCGAAAGACCUCGAAUCGAACAGCCCCGUCCGAACUCUGUCGUCGACCACCCCAUCAUUUCGGGAUGUCCGCGGGAACAGCAGCUCCUCCAAAGCCUUCGGCAGCACCAGGUCGGCCAUUACCAGUCUCGAGGUCUCGGACUUGUUCGAGAAGAUCCGGAACUCGACGAGAGGGGGCUACGCCAGCGGUUCCGGCCUGUUCGGCGGCAGGGGCAGGCGGCAGCGGUGCCCGACGUCUCCCUCCCGGCCAGAUGGCUCCCGGGACGCACCUUUUCGCUCGGGGCUCGUCAGUGGUAACGACAAGAACAGCAGCGGCGCCGACAACGACGACGGCUUCCCUGCGGCGGAGGAACUCGAUGGCGACAUGGACAGAGGAGGCUUGGCAGGAGCCCUGAGGAGACAUUCUGGAACAUUCCCCACGUCCUCCGCCACGUUUUCCCCCAUGGUGUCGGCGGCCGCCAGGGCUAGGCGAGAGGCCGAGGUGGACGCGGAGGAGGGCUUCGUGUGGGCCACAAGCCUACCGGCAGCGACCGCCGUGGUUGCGGGGGCAGCGGACACGGGUGCAGCAAAGGUGGUAGCCGGCGCCGAUGGACAAUCUUUGGCGCUACCCUGUCCGCCCUCGGACGAGGAAAAGGUGAUCUACCACAACACCGGACGAUUUGGGCUCGUCACCUGCGCCAUGACCUCGUUCGUCACGCUGACGUGGGGCAUAUGGCUCUUCACCAUCGCUACCCCGGCCUUCUACUGCUACCGCGAUUUCGUCACUCCGGGUAGCGCGACCUGUUCCGUGACAUGUGUGGUGUUCCAACCUGACCAUAGAGAAAAUGACCGCACACCUGGGGAAACACCCUUCUUCCGAACUGUCGUUUUCUCUGAACGCCUCAGACCUUGGGGUGGCCAUCUGGGGCAAGGAUUUCAAGCCGAGGUUCAUGCAGAAAUGCUGAAGACGUCGGAGGAGAAGGGCUACCGGCCCUCGGUGGACGUGUUCCUGCCCGUGUGCAAGGAGCCGCUGCGCCUGCUCGCCAACACGUGGAAGUACGUGGCCGCGAUGGACUACCCCGACUUCAAGGUGUUCCUGUUGGACGACGGCGCCAGCGAGGGGGUCCAAGCCCUCGCAUCGACGUUUGGGGCGGACUUCUUGCAGGAGACCGUGCCCUAUCUCGGCGAGGACCCCACCAUUGGCAUCGUUCAGACGCCGCAGUUCUUCCGACACCGCAAGGAGCAGACGUGGGUGGAGCAAGGGGCUGGUAUCUCGCAAGAAUUCUUCUACUGCAUGGCGCAGAUGAACCAGGACAGGUUCAACGCGGCCGUGUGCGUGGGGUCCUGCGGACUGUACCGCAGGGCGGCCUUGGAGCCUUUGGGGUACGCGAGCAUCUCCCCGCGAACCUCCUUUUGCCCGCCCGUGCCACCUACUGCCUUUCCGUUGUCCCCGUCCCGUGCCCAUCCUCGCGUGCUGUCGUCCUCCAAAUGCCAGCUUCUCUUCGUGGCCCCGCUGCCGAUCAUGCUCCUGGUGUGGGUGGAGGCUGACGGGGUGCUCUGGUACCACUCCGGGUUCGUGAUGCCGUCGCUCAUCUUUGCCGGGAUCGUCCUCCCCCUUUGGUCCAAGCAGCACUACGGGAUGUCCUCGCACCGUAUCAAGAUCAUCCAAUAG